ACAUUCAGUACAACCUCACACUUCGUCCAGUACACACUUCCUAUUUUUGUAAAAUUAUUGUCAACAUGUUUUUACAAGUUUUUUUCAAUGAUCUAAACAAGUUUAGGCACACAGUCUUUAUUAAUGUAAGACAAAAUUUAAGUGUUGCCAAUCUUAAAUUUGAGUUGUUUAAAAGUGUCAAAAUUCCAGUUCAACGACAAGUAAUCAUGUUUCUCGGUACGAUCCUCACAGACGACUUUCCUGUAGCAAGGGCUUACAACCGGAAUAGAGCCGACUUGCAGGCCUUUGACGGCCAACAACUGGUUUGUGUUUUGCGUUUUCGCGAUAAAAUAGAGUUUAAGGAGACUCUGUCCACCUCAUCUUCAAUGAUGUCUCGGGAUAACGAAAAGCCCCUGGACGCUCAAUCAGAGUUCGUCGGUUUCGAAAACGGCUGCUCCUCAGCCUCAAGUUCUGCUUCAAGUACCAGUAGCUCUGAAGAGUCAACCCCGACCCCGAGUUCGGCCACUGUUUCUUCCACCGUGAAUGAGCAAGGCUGCGGAGAUCCGUGUGAGGUCAAUUGCUGUGACGAGGGCGGAGAGGGUCGUCCCCCCUAUGCCAGGGUCAUGCCGGAGGAUCGGCGGUACGGGGUCGUGAUCACCAACGAGUGCGACCCGUGCGACUGCAACUUCGACUGCGUUCUGCAGCACCUGGUGGAAUCUUUCCAUUCGGCGGUGGAUGUAGCCACUCUGAGCUUUAGCCAGUGCACUCCUGCCGUGUCCUUCGAGUGCCUCCUGCUGAUGGUGUGCCGGGAUAGCGACACCAGUGACUGGCUCCAGCGCGCCAUGCGACCUAUGAGCCCAACCUACCUGUGCACCUCCUUUAUUAAGCAUUUUGAACUGGUCAGGUGCUCCUUCGUCGUCCCCAUGGUCGUCGAGCGAGAGCUGUGUCGCAUCUUCCACAUCAUGGAGAAGCAAAACUGCGGCUUGGAUCUGAGUAAGUGGUGCGUCGUUCGAAAGACUGCUCUGGAUCCUUGCUCCGAGGACUAUGCAAAGAGGGUAAUCUUCGACGGGUACCCCAAUUACGAACUGGUAGUUUACAUGGACAACUGCUCGAAGGAAUACAUCCUUCACCACUGUGGAAAAAUUCUGUUCAUAAUGUGGCACCUACCCGUCGAUUUUUCAACCGACCUGCCAUGCCAGUAGGCGAUUCGAUUCAACAGAUGCUAUCUUUGCAGUAUGUUUUCAGUAGCUUUGGCUUUGUCUCAUAACAAGAGCACUGGCGAAAAUAAGCCAUCAUUUUUCGGAGGAGUUGGUGUGUUUCUACUUCCUGAAGUCUGGAAAGGACCCUUUUCCUUAGAAAAGUUGGAGAUCCUGGCCAAGUUCCAUCCUAGUCUAUCUAUAGUCUAUAAGCAACCGUUGUCAGCUUUUCUCGAAAUAGAGGAGGUGAACGUUAUUGUUGAUUGGCAUUAGCAAUUGGACUGGAUCGAAAGUACGAUAGAGAAACCCUUGUCAUGAAACGAUUAAAAUAGUGCAGAAUUCUAGUAACACGGGAUAACUUGUCCUUUAACUAAUAAACGAACAAACGUUUUUGGAACGUAG